CUAGGGGAGCCUGAUUAAAGAUCAGGCUCAGCUGCUGCUGCUGCUGCUGCUGCUUGUCCCAAGACCAAGUCGUAAUAGCAACUUCCCUUCCUCAGCUGCCUAAACUUUUUUUUUCCCUUGUAGCUGGAGAGAAGUGUCACAUUUUGCUCACUCUCAACCUUCCUCGCCCACCCCCUUCCCGGAGAACCUGUGCGGUGUGUAGGGGGUGUUGUGAGCCACCUCCAGCCUCGGGUGGCUGCUUAAGUAACUUUCAACUCCUCUCUUCUUAACACUAUGAAGUGUCUCGGGAAGCGCAGGGGCCAGGCAGCUGCUUUCCUGCCUCUUUGCUGGCUCUUUUUGAAGAUUCUGCAACCGGGGCACAGCCACCUUUAUAACAACCGCUAUGCUGGUGAUAAAGUGAUAAGAUUUAUUCCCAAAACUGAAGAGGAAGCAUAUGCACUGAAGAAAAUAUCCUAUCAACUUAAGGUGGACCUGUGGCAGCCCAGCAGUAUCUCCUAUGUAUCAGAGGGAACAGUUACUGAUGUCCAUAUCCCCCAAAAUGGUUCCCGAGCCCUGUUAGCCUUCUUACAGGAAGCCAGCAUCCAGUACAAGGUCCUCAUAGAAGAUCUUCAGAAAGCACUGGAGAAGGGAAGCAGCUUGCACACCCAGAGAAACCGAAGAUCCCUCUCUGGAUAUAAUUAUGAAGUUUAUCACUCCUUAGAAGAAAUUCAAAAUUGGAUGCAUCAUCUGAAUAAAACUCACUCAGGCCUCAUUCACAUGUUCUCUAUUGGAAGAUCAUAUGAGGGAAGAUCUCUUUUUAUUUUAAAGCUGGGCAGACGAUCACGACUCAAAAGAGCUGUUUGGAUAGACUGUGGUAUUCAUGCAAGAGAAUGGAUUGGUCCUGCCUUUUGUCAGUGGUUUGUAAAAGAAGCUCUUCUAACAUAUAAGAGUGACCCAACCAUGAGAAAAAUGUUGAAUCAUCUAUAUUUCUAUAUCAUGCCUGUGUUUAACGUCGAUGGAUACCAUUUUAGUUGGACCAAUGAUCGAUUUUGGAGAAAAACAAGGUCAAGGAACUCAAGGUUUCGCUGCCGUGGAGUGGAUGCCAAUAGAAACUGGAAAGUGAAGUGGUGUGAUGAAGGAGCUUCUAUGCACCCUUGUGAUGACACAUACUGUGGCCCUUUUCCAGAAUCUGAGCCAGAAGUGAAGGCUGUAGCUAACUUCCUUCGAAAACACAGAAAGCACAUUAGGGCUUAUCUCUCCUUUCAUGCAUAUGCUCAGAUGUUACUGUAUCCCUAUUCUUACAAAUAUGCAACAAUUCCCAAUUUUAGCUGUGUGGAAUCUGCAGCUUAUAAAGCUGUGAAUGCACUUCAGUCAGUAUACGGGGUACGAUACAGAUAUGGACCAGCCUCCACAACGUUGUAUGUGAGCUCUGGUAGCUCAAUGGAUUGGGCCUACAAAAAUGGAAUACCUUAUGCAUUUGCUUUCGAACUACGUGACACUGGAUAUUUUGGAUUUUUACUCCCAGAGAUGCUCAUCAAACCCACGUGUACAGAAACUAUGCUGGCUGUGAAAAAUAUCACAAUGCACCUGCUAAAGAAAUGUCCCUGAGACAGCCCAAGGCUCAGGUCAACUGCCGUAGGAUUCUGAGCAAGGCCUACUUGGCCCUGGAUAGAAAUUGUUUUCAAAGAGAAGGGCAGCUGCUUAGAGUGAACAUGUCUACGGACUUUAAAAAGACCCUACGCAAUUUGACUUUGUGGCAAUAGAAAACAGUAAAAAACAGGGCAUAGCCUAGUUUGUUAUAAGAAAAAGCAUCCAUUUUCUAUCCUUUUAGAGUCUUAUUUGAUUAUGGUGGGAGGGAAUGUUUUCAAAUUUCCCAUUUCUCAAGAAAUGUUCAUAUUAAUUGAGGAUUUCCUUUCAAUAAAUCUCAUGUCCUCAAUUAAGAUCUAGGCUAGUAAUGAUGUUUAAUUACUUGGUUCUCAUUGGAAAUGGAAAAUUAUGAAAUGGAAAAAAAACUAUGCUUCUUAAUGUAAUAAACAUAGGCCGGGC